AAUCUCCCCCCAGAGCGCAGAGCAGGGCAGAGACUCGCGGAUCGCACGCAGGACGCAGACCUGGGCCACACGGUGGAUUUCUAUCGCUUUCGUCGCCACGGACCAGUCCAUCUGUCACAGACGCCCUGGCCACACGAGCAGCGACAUAUUGCCUGGACGUGUAGCCAGGAACCAGGUGGGAACGUUUAAGGGAAACCUGUGGAGACCCGGGACCGAGGAGGCUGCCCUGCGGAGAUCCGACUUCCACUUUCCCUCAGUGAAGGUCUUCUCCAUCCAGUGCCACAGGCGACCUGCUGCUGCUACCGAGGGGGAACUUCACCCAGAGACCCUGGACCUUUUGAGAGCACCCCCUUAAUGCUUUAGGGAUUUAUAGGAUCUCUCACUUUAUUUACCUUUUUGCACACCGAGUGUGUUAUUUUCCUCUAUUGUCCUUUUUGGGAUAUACACAGUGAGCAUUUUUUUGACUUUAAGUGCCUUAAAGUGCCUUAAUAACUGGGUGUAGUCCAGUGUAACUGUGGCAUUGUUAUACCAGACCAGAGGAGAAGACCUUACCACCAGCUCUAGAGCUCCGGGCAGGAUUACUGGUUCCCACAGCUCCCAGCGCGCUGCAGCCAUGAGCCAGGCGGAGGUGUCGACGUGCUCCCAGCCGCAGAGGGUUUUCCAGGAGGCGGUGAAGAAGGGCAACACCAAGGAGCUGCACUCGUUGCUGCAGAACAUGACGAACUGCGAGUUCAACGUCAACUCCUUCGGGCCGGAGGGACAGACGGCCCUGCACCAGUCCGUCAUUGACGGCAACCUGGAGCUGGUAAAACUGCUGGUGAAGUUUGGCGCAGACAUCCGACUGGCCAACAGGGAAGGGUGGAGCGCUUUACACAUCGCCGCCUUCGGGGGCCACCAAGACAUUGUGCUAUACCUCAUCACCAAGGCCAAGUACUCCUCUGGCGCCCGGUGAUCUGUCUCUGCUGUCAGGUAAACAACAAAAAGAAAAAGAGAAUAAGACAAAUAACAGAACAACAGCAACAAUAAGUGGGGAAAAAGAUCAGACUGCAACACAUGCGGGAAAGCCAGGCUCUUUUUCUGAAAGCGUUUCAAAACUGCCAUUAUCUACAUAGUUGUGCCAAAUUAUAUAUAUAUUCAUAUAUAAAAGGAAAUGCAUAAACAGGCCUGCACAAUAACCCCCCCUCCCUCACUGCAAACCAAACGGGGCCCUCUCUGCACCUCUGAGUGAAGCCACCACAUGGU